AUGAGUACUGAUAGUAUUGAAAAAUUGUAUAAAAAUUACGGAAUAUUAGCUGACGCCAAAGACAAAGUUUCGGAGCAUGAGAAAGAAUAUUUGGAAAUUUUGAAAGCAGUGAAAGGAACAGCCAAAGAAAAGCGUUUGGCGUCGCAAUUUAUUGCUAGAUUUUUCAAGCACUUCCCACAAUUGGCUGAUCAAGCUAUUGAUGCUCAACUAGAUCUUUGUGAAGAUGAAGACAUGGCUAUUCGUAAACAAGCUAUUAAAGAUCUUCCUGCGUUAUGUAAGGACAACAAGGAGCAUACUCCAAGAAUUGCUGAUAUUUUGGCUCAGUUAUUGCAAGCUCAAGAUCCAACAGAAUUAGCUGUUGUUUGUAAUAGUAUUAUGACAUUGAUGAAAAAUGACCCCAAGGAAAUAAACCACUCUGAGCGGAUUUUUCAGCCAAAUAGUUAAUGGAGAUGAUGGGACUCGUGAAAGUUGUAUCAAGUUUUUAGCAACCAAAUUAAAAUCUUUGGGUCAUGAUAUUAUUAAUAAAGAAUCUGAGGAUUUAUUAAUCACUGAAUGCAAGAAAGUAUUAAGGGAUGUAACUGCUGAAGAGUUUCACAACAUAAUGGAUAUUUUGGGAUGGACAAGAUUAGGAUCAACAGUGGCUGGUCAGCAGGAGUUGAUUGAAAUAACAAUUGAACAAGCGGAGCUUUCAGUUCCAUUCAAGCAUAACAACGUAGAACAAUGGGAUAAACUUGUACAUUGUAUUAAACACGCGCUUCCUCAUUUCAAUGCUCAAACAGAUUCUUCAAGGUACGUUUCGUACAUUUGCAUGCAGGUACUUCCACACUUGUCUCUAAUCGCAGCUCCUGAUAGCCGAGAUGCUCAAUUAGAAAUUCUUAAGCUACUUGCUGAGUUGGUAGCUUUUUGCGGAGCCAUUGAAAAACCAGAUGAAAAAGUUCAACAAAUUUACAACGCGCUUAUUACUUACAUGCCAUUGCCGCCGGACUCUGAAAUUUCAGAAGUUCCCAAGCUUCAAUUCAGUCACGUGGAGUGUCUUAUGUAUGCGUUUCACAAACUGUGCAAACAAACACCAGAAUUUUUGCUCAAGGAUGCGGAGCAACUCAAAGAGUUCAAAUUAAGGCUCCAGUAUUUUGCUCGUGGUAUUCAAGGUUACAUUAAAAAAUUACGCGAGGCUAUUGGCGGUAAAACUGAAGAAGAAUUGAAGACUGAGGAGAAUCAAUUAAAGGUUGUCGCUUUGAAGACUACUAAUAAUAUCAAUACGCUGAUUAAAGAUUUGUUCCACUCACCACCCAGCUUCAAGAGUGUUAUUCAUCUUUCAUGGAAAACUCCUACUGUUGAUAACAAGAAUGAUAAAGUAGCUACGGCUCAAAAAAGGCAUACUCCAAUAACUUUUGGUAACGGAAGCCCUACAAAACGUAGCAAAGAAGAAUACAAAGGAGGCAAAAGGGAAAUUUACACACCACCAAGCGGAAAAUAUAGCUCGAACAUCUCAUCUAAUUACGGUAAUCGCGGACGGUUCCGUGGAAACAGAUCAGGUGGACGAGGAUUCAGACCACGAGGACGCGGAACCUGGAGGAAGAAUUCUUACUAA